AUGCGGUACUCGGCCCUCUGCGUUCUGCUGUUGGCGAUCAGCGAGUCUCUUCUUAUUCACGCAAAAGUGGUGGUAGUCGUGCCCGUUCAAAAAACGAGACGAAGUCCAGCCCCAUGGCGAUCACAUUACAAGAAAUCAUCUUAUGGGGGUAACGAUUUUCGUCAGCCGCAGUACAAUAAUCGUUACUAUAAUAAAAAACCUUUCCGACCACCUUAUCCUUCGGAAAGCGAUGACUUUAAUCAAGGCUACGAAGCUGAGAAUCACGUAUAUGUACCGUAUGGCAAAGAUAUCAGUCAUAGCGUAACUUUUGGCAAACCAUAUAUCCCGUAUAAUACCAAAGGCAGUAAUUCACCAUUUGGGCAUGAGAGAUAUGCCGGCUCUUACACGCGUCAACCGAACUAUCCGCCAACCGAUAUGGCAUCGGUAGGUCAGGAAUACGCGGCAUCGGCUUCUUCGCAUUACGAAAGUCCGCACACGGACUCAUUUUUCUCCGACAUGGACAGCGACGCCAGAAAUGGCGGAUUGCACGACAAUAACGCGAACAAGUACUACACCACUCGUUCUAUCGAAAAGGAUCUCAGCCUGAGGAACCAGCAGGCUCUCAGCAACAUCAUUUCAGAGAAAGAACUGGCGAAGGGUACCGAGACAUUGGUUAAGGACAUUCCUUCGACCGCGUACACCCAAGUGACCACGUCUACCGCUGGUACGCAAGGUGCCGUCAUACUGCCGGCUGGUAUACCAUCAGCCACCAUCGCUGGUAACAAGAACGGCAUCGUGCUGCGAGACACCGUAUCCCUGGACGAGUAUCAGAAGAAGCUAGAGGAGCUUACUAAGAACUGGCCGAGCGUGUUAUCCGACGCGAUGCCCAACUUUGCGGCGGCCACCGGGAUCUCGCCGCAUCAGCAGCAGCUGCAGACAGGCUUCUCAACCGCCGGUCUGCCAGGUUCCACGGGCUUCGGCGGGCCGACAAGUUGGUUCUCCAGCUUCGCUCAACCAAAGCAGAGCUACGCGGUACGCGAGGAACACGGAGACUCCUCGACCUACGACUUUAGAACGAUGCCGAUCAACGUCGCGUAUCAACAGCCGUCGUUCGGUACGAACUUAGGUUUGCCGAUUGGCGCGGGAAUUACGUCGAGUAUUCACGGAUAG